GUCUUUAACAAGAGGCGUAGCUCUCCGACCAGAGCUGUGUGUGCUAGUCGGUGGGGAGAAAUUUCCGCUUCCUCCACCGAUACAACAUCCACAGCAACUUGAGAAAGGACUUCCACCCAGAGUCCUUCGUUAAGCAGCAGCAUUGUAGGCUAAACGUUAAUCGCGAGACUCGAAUAAAGCUUGGAGUCAAGGGGAUUUUUAAACUUUGUAUUUGCCUUAGACGAUUGGUUUCCCCGCUGUUGGCAGAACGACGGGGUUUUAAAGAGCAGAGAUACAAAGCGCACGAGCACCGCUGGUUUAAAAAGGCACGCAUACCUCCAGCAUGGAGCGCGGGGGGCUCCCGAAGACUGGAGGUGUUCCGUCACCGCAACCCUCCAAGCCGGUCACGAUCACCUCGAAUCGUCCGGUGCAGAUGAACCUGUAUGCAACGUGGGAAGUGGACCGAUCUUCGCCGAGCUGUGUCCCGAGGUUGUUCAACCUGACUCUGAAGAAGCUGGUGAUGCUGAAGGAGUUGGACAAGGACCUGACGUCUGUGGUCAUCGCUGUCAAACUCCAGGGAUCGAAACGCAUUUUACGCUCCAAUGAGAUCCUGCUGUCUUCGGCUGGGCUUACCGAGACAGACCUGCAGCUCACUUUCUCUUUGCAGUACCCCCACUUCCUGAAGCGCGACGCUAACAAGCUGCAGAUCAUGCUGCAGCGCCGCAAGCGCUACAAGAACCGCACCAUCCUGGGCUACAAGACAUUAGCACUGGGCCUCAUCAACAUGGCCGAGGUGAUGCAGCACCCCACUGAAGGGGCCCAGGUUCUGGGGCUCCACAGCCAGCUGAAGGAGGCCUCAGUGCCUGUGGCGGAGGUGCGCGUCUACAGCCUGUCCAGUCAGCCCAUCGACCAACCCAGAGCCAAGACGUCCGAUCGCUCUCCUGACAUUGAUAACUAUUCAGAGGAGGAGGAGGACAGCUUCUCCUCGGAACCAGAGGGCAGCGAUGAUCCCGUCCAUGGACAGUAUCUCUUUGACGAGGAGGAUGAGGUGAGAAAGAAAAAGCCACGGCGCAAGCUGACGCCCAACGCCUCCAUAACCAGACAACCCAACAUCAAGCAGAAGUUUGUGGCUUUGUUGAAGAGGUUCAAAGUCCCGGAUGAGGUGGGCUUUGGUCUGGAGCACGUGUCCCAUGAGCAGAUCCAGGAGGUGGAGGAGGAUCUGGACGAGCUCUACGACAGCCUGGAGCUCUACAACCCCAGCGACAGCGGCCCCGAGAUGGAGGAGACCGACAGCAUCCUCAGCACCCCCAAACCCAAACUCCGACCUUUCUUUGAGGGCAUGUCACAGUCCAGUUCCCAGACGGAGAUCGGCAGCCUGAACAGCAAAGGAAGUCUACCGAGAGACCUCUUCAGCCCGGGGGAGCAGCCUCCGUCGGACAGGAUGAAGCAUUCGCAGUCACGCACGCGCAACCUGGAGGAGACACUGUCUGAGGGUGACGCCCUGGAUCUGGGAGAGCCAGAGCUGUGUUCAGAGGGGCCCAGUAUCACUGUGUCGUCAGCAGACAAACACAAAUCACCCAUGAAGACCAACCGGAGCGAGAGUCAGCCAACCAUACCCUCGCCCAGACUGGAGGGCGUACACACUCCCCGUCACAAGCGUGGCGGCAGCACCCCGAUGAAGGAGCGGCAGCUCUCCAAGCCACCGAGCGAACGAGCCAACAGCUCAGACAGCGAGAGGUCACCAGAGCUCGCACAUACGCAGGUACUGCGGAAGGCAGUGUAUGAUCAGCUGAAUCAGAUCCUGGUCUCAGAUGCUGUAUUGCCUGAGAGUCUCAUCAUGGUCAAUGCCACAGAUUGGCAAGGACAGUUUGUGGCGGAGCAGUUGCAGGCCCAGAGGCAGCCGGUGGUGUGUACGUGCUCGGGAGCAGAGGUCCAGGCUGUCCUGUCUGCAGUGCUCACACGCAUCCAAAAAUUUUGUAACUGUAACUCCUCCAUGCCGAGGCCAGUGAAGGUAGCUGUGGUGGGUGGUCAGUCCUAUCUCGGCUCCAUCUUGCAGUUCUUCGUCUCCCAACUGGCCAACAAGACCUCCGAUUGGCUGAGUCACAUGAGGUUCCUGGUGGUGCCGCUGGGUUCACACCCCGUGGCAAAGCACCUUGGCGCCCUCGACAACCGAUACAGUUCCUGUUUCUUAGACGGAGCCUGGAGAGAACUGUUCAGCCGCACAGAACCUCCCCAGACAGACAUUGUUGAUGUGGCCAGUCGGAUCGGCCAGUACGUCAGUGGAGCCUCUCUCACACACCAACUGCCUAUUGCUGAGGCCAUGCUAACCUGCAAGCACCGAAUGCGUGAGGAGGACUCUUACCAAAAGUUUAUUCCCUUCAUUGGGGUGGUGAAGGUUGGGUUGAUUGAGCCUGGACAGUCCUCCACAGGCGACGCAGAGGAGGGCGUGGCUGUGACCUUGGCCGUCCCCUCCACAUCUCCGCCCUCUCACGGCUCGCCCGCCAGUCUCAGAGAGACGGCCACGCCCCCCUCCUCCCCAUCAAUGGGAGGGGUGCUGAAUGUCCAGGGGAGUCCCAGCAUGCCUCACGCCAUGGACGCCAUCGGCCUGCAGGUGGACUACUGGCUGGCCUCUCUGGCCGACAAGCGGCGUGAGGGGGAGCGCCGCGACACCGGCUGCAAGAACACACUCAAGUGCGCCUUCCGCUGCCUGCAGGUCAGCCGCCUGCCACCAGGGGGAGCCAGCGAGGCGCACGCGCAGGUCAGCACCAUGGCCAUGAGUGUGGUGACCAAAGAGAAGAACAAGAAAGUCCCGCAGAUCUUCCUUGGCAAGAAGCCGCGUGAGAAGGAGAUGGACUCCAAGAGCCAGAUGAUCGAGGGCAUCAGCCGUCUCAUCUGCUCUGCAAAACAGCAGCCAACCAUCCUCAGAGUGUCCAUAGACGGCGUGGAGUGGAACGACGUCAAGUUCUUCCAGCUGGCUGCUCAGUGGCCCACACAUGUCAAGUACCUUCCCGUGGGCCUCUUCGGCUAUAGCAAGCCGCCCUCUUAAGGCCGGCCUCCUCUUCCCGCCCGUCAAAUCCCCCCCUGCCAACCGGGAUGCCUGUCAGCCAAUCAUAGCAGAACUGCAAGGGCCGGCCUUGUGUAUUGUUUUUGUUUUUAUUUGUGUCCCGUUGAAUCGUUGCUCCUUGGAAUUCUGUGGAGUUUUUAUUUGGCUAUGGGAUGGGGCAUAUAGAUCCCGAUUGUUUGUGUGUGUGUGUGUGUGUGUGUGUGUGUGUGUGUGUGUGUCUGUGUGUGUGUGUCUGUGUGUGUGUGUCUGAAUCAAGUGUGAGGUGGAUAUAUAGCGCUUUGUCACUUUAAUUUAUUUUAAAAAGAGCCCCCCCACACCCCCAGUCCUCUAUGAUGCUCGUACUGAGCGUACCUUUAUGGGGCAAUGGGAGGGAACAGAGCACAAGAAAAGAACAAUACUGCCGAUCAGCCAAAUGCCAAUCCCUCAUAAUGUAGCAUGACCUAAAAGCAGCAAAAGCUUCCCAACAGCAAGCCCUUAAUGGCAGAUUACUCACAGUCAUGUACUACAACUGAGCUCCAACAGCAAGAGCCUCUCUCUUUCUUUGUCUCUCUCUCUCUCUCUCUCUCUCUCUCUCUCUCUCUCUCUCUCUCUCUCUUUCUUUCUUUCUCUCUCUCUCAUGCUCUCCCACUCUAUCUCUCACUCUCUCUCUAUCUCCUGCUUUGUGUCCAAGACCUGCAUGUUGUCCCCUAUGACCGUUAUCUCUGAGCAGCAGUAUAUCCUACUGGGAACUUUCUCGGAUGUGGUUUUUAAAUAUGACCACCAUUUACUGCAUGUCUGGGACUCACUCACUUGUUGGAGUCCCUUAUGGCCACAGAUUCUCAGAUUUGUCAUUUGUUUUGUCCAAGGCCCCUGUCUGUUGGUGGAGUUUAGUUUAACCAGUGAAUCUGUCCGUAUGUUUUUUCCGUUUUUAAAAGUGUUUUCCGUUUUUAAAAGUGGCCUUUUUUUAAAGAAAAAAAAACAAAACAAGAUCCUUUAAGUCAUUUUUUCCCUUGUUUAACUACUCCAAAGAUCACAGUUUAUGCGAAUGUAGACUAAAACAGUUGACAGUACUUGUGUAGUUGGGCAGUUGGUGUUGAUGGGGACAUCAAACAAAAUGGCUGCCCUCUCUAAGAAAGAGACCUGUCACUCAAAGAUGGGUAGCAAGGGCUGAGGCUGGUGGAUGACACAUGACGUGACUCCCUAUUAAGGGUGUCCUUCACAAGGAACACCCAUAGGAGACCAAGUGUUAGUUCACACAUAAAGUCAGUAUUUUUCAUGCUUUUGUUUAUGUAGUGUUAAAACUUUUUUAUUUGUAUAAUGUUUGCGAUGAGAUUUUGUUUGUCUGCUUUUUUUUUCGUAGGCGGGCCUUUGGCUUAGGGUUUUGCACAGGUGAACUGGGGCUGGCACCCUAUUGGUUGUUUCGCUAUGCACUUAAUCCAAUCACAGCUUUUCCCGUGUGUAUCUAUAGGUUAUGUGAACCACCCAAAGCACAACAUAUGUUGCUGUAGCAACUUUAACCCCCUCCCUCCAACAUCCACACACACACCCACACCCACACACACUGUCCCCCACCCAUACACACACUUACACAUCAGCAAGGGCGCGGGAACAUUGUUUGGCAGCUCUAGACAUGUCCAUGUGGCCGUUGUAUGUGGGGAUAUUGUGAUCCGUUCUGUCCAUGUUCAGUGACUAGUGUGGACAUAAAAAUGUGGAAACAAAAUGUUAAAAGUCGUUAAAAUUGUAGUUGUGAAACAAAAGACAAAUAUCUAUGGACACGUUGUGCCAACUAAGAUACAGUGUACGUGUGUGUUUGUGUGUGUGUGUGUGUGUGUGUGUGUGUGUGUGUGUCUGUUGUGAGGUUUAGUAUGUGUCUGUUGUGAGGUUUAGUACGUGUGUAUGUGUGUAUUUUGUUUAGUUUUUAAGGUGUGAAAUUUUAGCCUUUGGUGUGCCCUGGUAUGUGACUCCCUGGUACCCUGUGGUAACCCUUAGCAACGGAUUACAGCAGGCAAGCCACCACGACCUUGUACGUGUCGAAAGAAUUUGACCUCUCCCUUUAAUCAACAAUGUCCAAAUAACACAACUUGCCCAUCAUAGAGAUGGGCAUGACCUGAAUGUACUUCUCCUAUUUAUGUAUGUGUGUGUGUGUGUGUGUGUGUGUGUGUGUCCGUGCGUUUGUGUUUGUCUAACAGCUUGCCUGCAAUAGAAUGCACAGGCCUCUCUUACGCACCUACCCACACACACACACACACACACACACACACACACACACACACACCUGUGACCUUUAAAAACGACACACUCCGGUGACAGUGAUGGCUUGACCAGGGGUCGUCUCCAGGGCAACCCAGUCUCUCCCAUGUGGCACAUGAUAAAGUAUUAUUUGAGGGAAAGAAAAUACGAAUGAAAGUAUUAAUCUUCUAAUGGGUCAAUAUGUUCCAUCAGUGUCCGGAAGGGAGAGUGGUGUUGAGUUACAGCCUCUGCAGUAUUGCGGCGGAAUGGAGACACUCUCCUUCCCUUUACCCUCUGUCUGUCACUUAAUGUCACACUAUCAUGUAGUUCUCGCACAAAGACACUUGGAGCUCACCAGACACUCAGUAUGUCCAUUCACAUUCUCUUUCUUUCUUUCUUUCUUUCUUUGUACUGUUUGCCAUGGUGCUCCUGAAGAUGUGUGCUCCUUCUCAAUAGGAGGCCUGACAUGGAUGGUGGGUUUCCGUUAUCUAAUUUAAAAGCCCACAAAUCCAUGUUCUUCAAGGGGGGGAAGCAAACACAGGGGCCCAAACUAGCCCUUGCCCUAUAAUGGAAAGACUCUUAGGAUAUUAACUGCUUCAAUUAGUCCACCAUGUUAAUCAUUAUGUUUGGCUGAUUCUUCCCCUCCUACCAGGGUGUAGAAUGAGAGUGGAGUGGAGACAUUACUGUUGCUAAUGUUAUAAUGUGAAGGAUCAGUUCCCCACCAGGGAAAAUUACAGCCAACAGCCUUUACUUAAUUACUCCACCUCUUUGCCAAGUCUGAGGAUUCAGUGGCAGAAUUGUCUGAUUGUGGUACAAGUAACUACCACACUCUCUCUGUCACUCCUCCCCUCCCACCCUCUCUUUCUGUUUCGCUGUCUUUCUGUCUCUCUUGUUGCCACUGUUGUCUAGCUUUCUCUGCCACAGGGUGUGGCAGAAGGCUUUAAAGUAAAUCUGUCCCCCUGUAAUUCAAAACUAUAACCAGGUGAUCCAUGGAUCUUUGUGCAUGAACUAAAACUAAACUAAGAAGUCCUUCCCUGCCCGUUGACACUGUAGUAAAACCUUUAGACCCUAUACACAGCCUCUGUACAAAGGAGCCAUCCUACUCUUCUGUCAGAUAUCACCCACAUGGGUAACCAGACAAGGGCUAGAAAGAGACCCAGGCUAGGCUAGGCCCGAGGUCAUUUCUGUACAGAGAUUCAGCAGUAGCGGAUGGUUUUCCAUGAAAGGGUUGUUUUAAAUAGGAAAUCGGUGACAGAGUCAAGCUUUCUCAUGUCUUUGAAAAAAAAACAAGGAUUGUGGGUAAUUUUUGAGAAGGAAUCACUGCCAGUACAUCAGUUACAUUAACAUCAUCACUUGUGUCGGAGCUAGGUGGCGUUAAGUGUUGAUGUUCAGUAUUUUCAAUGUGACGUGUGAUUGAAUAAUGUGGGAUGUUUGUUUAUGUUUCUUUGUUUCCUUCUGUCUCUCUUUCUCUGUCUCAUAAAAAAUAUCUCCAUCGUUUUUUUAAAAGUCGUCCGUUUUUUUAUUGUAGUUCUUCCUGAUCUACCCGUAUCUGUGUCUGUUGUUGUGGAUUUAAUGGUGUGAUCUCUCCAUAUUUGGUGCAAGGACGUGAUUGAGAUGUGCCCAGACUAGAAAGCACACAAGCUGAGUUGUAGUAGCCCAGUUUUAACCACAUCACAUUGCAUUUGGUCCUUGGCUGCUCUUAUAUUUGCGGUAGUAGCAUUGCCACACACAUACAAAGGUUGCGUUCACAAGGCUAUUCGUCACAUGCUCCCAAGCUUUGAACUCUCUCUUAAGAAAUGUUCCAGAAUAUAGCCUCCAGAAGAUGUCUUCUUGCAGCAUAAUGCAUCAAUCAAUAUCUAAUGCAGUCGUUUGAUCAGCAUAAUGUUGAACUAUGAAAUUCACCGUUUGGAAAAGAAACAUUACGAGAGACACGAGCCAAGCUUGUGGACGUGACGAGUUAAAUUUAGUGCACACUGUUGUAUUCUUCUGCAAGUCUUAGCCAUCUGCCUCUUUGCCUAUAAGCGACAAUGCUUGUACAUAUCAUGAAGAAGUGCUUGUAAUAUUACCUGUUUUCUUUUCAAUGUGUUUUAUUUUUUAUUUAACAUUUUUUGUAGUAAUGCUUUUUUCAUAAUUGAGUUGUCAAUACGAAAAACGAUGUGGGAUGAUGACAUGUGGACAUGUUUACUGUGUUUUUAAGAAUAAAAAAACAAAAAAAAACAUUC